AUGCAGGGCUUUUAUAUAUUAGCCUUUUAUGACAAAACAGAGAAGCGACUGGGACUAUUCAUUUUGUUUUUCUUGAUGUAUGUGAUGGCAAUAAUAGGGAAUUUAGGUAUAAUUACAGCGAUAUCUAUAGAUGUUCGUCUUCACACUCCCAUGUACGUUUUCCUGUGGAACUUGUCAUGUGUAGACACAAUUUUCCCCACAGUCACCCUACCUAAACUCAUGGACAUUCUAUUAACUGGAAAUAACUUUAUAUCCUUUGUGCAGUGUUUUACACAGAUGUACUUUUUUACAUACGUGGCUGGAUCAGAGGUUAUCACAUUGUCCUUUAUGGCAUAUGACCGGUAUGUGGCUAUAUGUUACCCACUACAUUACCUCCUUAUUAUGAAUACAAAAAAAUGUAUAAUUACCUUAUUAGGCAACUGGUUAUUGGAAUGUGUAAAUGCAUUUAUUUUUAUCAUUUUUGCUUUAAAACUAUCUCUUGUUUCCAAUAAGAUUAAUAAUUUUUUCUGUGACGUUAAAGCUGUGGCAAAAAUCUCUUGUACUGAAAGUGAUUUUAAUAUUGUGAUCUUAGUAGAAGCACUGUUAUUUGGAGUGAUGCCCUUUUUGUUUAGUCUAAUAUCUUAUAUAAAAAUAAUCUCCAGUAUCUUGUGCAUUAGUACCAAUGAAAGCAGAAAAAAAGCCUUCUCUACUUGUGCCUCUCAUUUCACCGUCAUUACAAUUUACUACGCUACAGCUCUCUGGAUGUACGUGAGACCUUCUUCAGAACACUCAGAAAAACAAGAUCCUUUAUUUUCUCUUAUACAUAGUGUUUUGACUCCCAUGUUAAAUCCUUUAAUAUACAGUUUAAGAAAUAAGGAGAUAAAGAGAACACUGAGGACAAUUAUAGGCUUCAAACCAGGUUCUAAAAAAAAAAUCUAA